ACCACGUUUGUACUCGUGACAGCUAAUAAGAAAAGGGGAAGAAAAAAAUAAACCCCAAACUCUCGAUUUAAGCUACUACUUGUCGCCAUGAUGAUGAAAUUGCUGGUCAAUUUUAUAUUUUGAUCUCUAGUUUAUACUUUUUUUAAAAAUUUGUUACAUUCCAAUUUCAGUUCAUUUUGUAUAAUAUAUAAUAAGUGAAAGAAAGAGGGUGGGUUAGGUUAGGGUUUGAGAAGGAAGAUGACGGAAGUAGUAGUACAUAUAUAUGAUGUAACAAAUAGUGGUUCCGAUCAAACCAACUCCACCAUCCUUCAGAUCAACCGUAUUUUUAAAGACGGCAUCGGUCUUGGCGGCAUUUUUCAUAGCGCCGUUCAGGUUUAUGGAGAGGAUGAAUGGUCGUUUGGGUUCUGUGAACAAGGGACUGGAGUUUUCUGUUGCCCUGCAAAAAAGAACCCUAUGUACACAUAUCGUGAGUGCAUUGUCCUUGGGAAAACAAGCUUAUCCAAAUCUAAGGUCAACCAGAUCUUACGCGAACUUAGCCGAGAGUGGCCUGGAAACUCUUAUGACUUGCUUUCCAAAAACUGCAAUCACUUUUGCAACGAGUUUUGUGAAAGCCUUGGUGUCCCCAAACUUCCAGGUUGGGUGAACAGGUUUGCUAAUGCCGGUGACACCGCCGUAGAAAUAGCUGAAAGCACGGCUGUCAAGUUCAGACAAGCCAAAACAGAGAUUGUGACAGCUAGCAAAGUGGCAUAUCGAUUUCUUGCUGGCAUCGCUUCAAAUAAUAACGCCCCCGGGUCUCCAAAUUCUCCGGGUAGUGCGAACAGAAACAACCCUAGAUUUCAGCAACCUGCUUGGUUUAAAAAUCUUGUGAACGCCGGAGCAAAACCAUCAACUAGUACUACACUUGAUAAUGGACACGAUGACAUAGUGCAACAUCAGAUACCACAACCGCGAAGGCAAGAGUCUAGUGCAGCAUCUGUGAGGUCAAAUGAGAUGUAAAACGUUCGUUGGUAUUUGUUUUGAACUAGUUUUAUCGACCUCUGUUUUGUGGUUUAUGUAUGGAUUUUUAACUGUUUUCCACCCCAUGUUGAAGCAAACUGACUAUAUUUCGUCAAUCUGUCCUUUACAACUCUAGAAUUCAUUGUUUAUUAAAUGCAUAUAUACUUGAACCGAA